CAACCUUGUUGCACUAUUAUCAUAAAUUUUAUAACAAUUUUAUGUAGACACGAAAUAAUAAACAUAAACAUCUGGGACAAACCCGAAUGGUUUCUAGAGCGUAACCCACUUGGAAAAGUGCCCGUGGUGGAAAUGGGCCCGGCUGGCGACCUACUAAAUGAGUCAUUAAUAAUCGCCGAUUACCUUGAUGAAACAAUACCGGGCGCCCGAACCCUGGCCUCACCCGACCCAUACCAACGGGCCAGCGAUCGGGCAUUUGUCGAGACAAUACACCAGUACUUUGUGGGCCUGGAGUAUGUGUUCACUAAACCGGAUUUGGCCGCACUUUGGCCAGAGAUCGAGGUUAAUUUGGCCAAAGCUAAUAGCAUGUUAAAUAAACGUUUGGCAGGUGACCGGUAUUUAUCAGGUGUUGAUCAGCCGGGUCUUACCGAUUAUAAGAUCGCCCCUUUUGUUCAUUUGUUGCCCCUAUGUGUGGACUUUUCCGGUCACAACUCGGACAAGUAUUUUCACAAUAAGUUACCUGUACUGUACACAUAUCGCAAUGCAAUACAAUCGGACCCCGUUGUUAACAAAGUAGUCACACCGUACGAUGAGUUUUGCAAAAUAACCGACGAGUUUCGUAAAAAUAAAAUGAACAAAUAAAAAUGAAU